GUUAAUUUUCCGCCGAGUCAAAAGCCUUUUCUUCCUCGUGAAGUUAUCACACAAGACUGUAUACGAGAUCUCUCUGGAGAUAACACACAGUCGCAUUGUCGCACAACAAAUCCUUCAUUACAGAAAGGGGGAUCGGGUGACUCCGGCAUCCAGUAGCUGGGGUCUCCAGGCGACGAGGGGGUCUUUGAUCAAGAAAAUCCAAUUAUUUGUGUAUAUACAUUUCCCACAUAGUGAUUACUUCAUUAAUUGUCCCGCCUUUAUCCCCACCCGUCCCAUCCCCCUCCUAAUAAUCAGCCCUUUUAUCCAGACCAACAAACACACCAUAGGAGCUUUGUGUGGAUUCAGAGGAUUUGCUUCCCCCUCUCAAAGAGCCGCUCUUCUUUGAUGAUUGGGCAGCGGCGAACUUCAAAGUCAUAAAUCUCACUCCUGACUGGCUGGCGGCCCACCAAAGUCCUUAUCAAAUCCUAAGAAGUGAUCCUUCACUCUCUCAGAUAGUUGGAGGAUAGCUGGAGGAGAGGAAGCGCUUUUCCAUGUGAACGUCGUAUUUCUGCGCGCACUCGCUUGGGUUUGUUUGAAUUGGGAAGCUUGAGGAACUCGAGGAAGUGUUGCCAUGGCAGCUGUGGCUGUGCUGAGGAACGAAACACUACAGGCUUUUCUUCAGGAUCGCACCCCAAAUUCCUCACCGGAAAACAGCAAACAUUCACCUUUGGCUCUUUUGGCGGCGACGUGUAACCGGAUCGGUCACCAUCACGGAUCCACUCACACGGACUUUAUUCAAGUACCCUACGAUAGCACACUAGGGUCCCCCUCGCGGAUUUUCCAUCCGUGGACUAACGAGACAAAUCCCCCGUCCGCGCUUUCCAGCAAUUCCUCGUUCGGACUAUCCUCGAAAUCUCACCUGCAGGGCUCCUACACCUCCCACCAUGAGCUCCCGUUGACCCCUCCGGCCGACCCCACGUAUCCGUACGAUUUCUCUCCCGUCAAGAUGUUGCCGUGCUCCAUGCAGUCGUUACAGUCGUCGUGCCCACCCACGUACGUCCCCGCUGUUACAUACGCAGCCCCGACCCCGAUCCCACCCGCGAUGCCCGGGUUCGUGACGGGACACUCGGGCCUGGUCCAUCAGCAGCAGAGGCAGCUGUCUCCAAACCCGGGGGACGAUAUACCGUGGUGGAGCCUUCAGCAAGGCAACCACGUGAGCCAUCCGUCAACUCUCGGUCACCAUCGCUUCCCCAUCCAGAGGGGUUUGGUGCUGGGACACACGGAUUUUGCGCAGUACCAGACGCAAAUAGCAGCGCUUCUCCACACCAAAUCACCACUGGCAACUGCCCGGCGAUGCCGGAGAUGCCGAUGCCCUAACUGUCAAUCAUCGAGCUCCAGCGACGAGCCCGGGAAAAAGAAACAGCACAUCUGUCACAUUCCUGGAUGCGGGAAAGUGUACGGCAAGACCUCGCACCUGAAGGCGCACCUGCGCUGGCACUCGGGUGAGAGACCUUUCGUGUGUAACUGGCUCUUCUGUGGGAAAAGUUUCACGAGAUCUGACGAGUUACAGAGGCAUCUGAGGACUCACACCGGAGAAAAACGCUUCGUGUGUCCGGACUGCUGUAAAAGGUUUAUGAGGAGCGAUCAUUUGGCCAAACAUGUCAAGACGCACCAGAAUAAGAAGAGCAAAAGUCACGAAAAGACUCCCGACUAUGUGAAAAGAGAAGACUUGAGACCUGUGUAGUUGACUCGGAUUGCUAUAUAGACUAGUGCAAUAAAAUAUCCUGACAAACUUCAGGAUAGUUAUGAAGUAAAAUGUUUAUUUUUUGAUUCACGAGACUCACUUACUGGACUGGGAGCCUUUUUGGACUUUUUGGAAAUACAUUUAGUAUUUGGACUUAAUCUUCAAGUCGUUCUCACUUCCUAAAUGAACCCUGGAAGAUUUUUUUAUAUCCACGAGCUACCCAAACCAUUAACAAGUUUUGACUUGUGUUAAGAUCUUUGUCUUCGGUGGAAGAUUUCUUUAUCCUGUAAAUAUAUUGAUAGCUUUUGUUGAAUGAAAGUGUCAGUUUUCGCUCCUUGUGGGGUGUCUAGCAUGCUAUUAAAAACCAUCUGUUAAACCUACAAAGUAAUGUGUGAAAUAAAGAAUAUGACUUGUACGUCCCAUUUAAACAAAGUGGUGAGGUAAAAUUAUUAAAACUUGUAAAAAAACAAAUAGUUUAUUUUUUAAAUAGAUAAAGCACAAGUCAGGGGUCAAAGGGGGAAAAAGUUUAACAGAGAAACUCUGUUGGUAAACCUGUUUAAAGAGAGGGAUUAAAACACUAUCACUUUCAUCUUUUUUUAGGUACCAGUAACUUGUAGCGUUAUGAGUUAUAAUCUUUAUUUCAUUCAAAAAUCAAAGUCAGUCAAAAUUACAAUAAAGCAAAAAGUUGAAUUAUCUUAUAUCAUUUUGAAUUGUUUUUAAAUGCAUUACCUUCAUGUCAAUACAAUUAAUGGACAUUUUUUUGUUUGUUUGCUUUGUAGCUAAACUAAGUUAACUAAAUUAAAAACAACCAAUCCUAAACCUAACCUAAUAUUACUCAGUACGUAUUUUAUACACUGUUACCCAACAAUGGCUUUUUAAUCAGCUGCAUCUUAAUACAACCUAAGUCUAGAAGUAUUUCAUCUUUUCAUUUCUAUGGGAAUUUAGAUUUUUUUUUAACUGAUUUCAAAUUUUGCAGCUGAUUUCAAAUUGAAUCAGAAUGAAUCUCUGUGUGUGUGUUUUACAUUCAAUGUUUCACUCAGAAUAAAGACAAAGUGAUGGUUAGUUCAUCCUUAAUGACAUCAUUCUGACUUUUUCAGUGUUUUGUAUUUGAGAAUCAAAGCAAGGCAUAGUGUUAUAGAUACCCCACAACCAUGAAUUGUGUGGUAAAGUGAAUGUUUUGCGUAUUCUAGCAUAACGACAUCUGAAAUUAACAUUAUGUCAGAUAACAAUAUGAAGAGUUGAAGGAUGUUUGUAUUAGGAUGUUUUUUUGGCACCUACAGUAAUGAAGAAACUGUGUUCAGUCCUUGAAGUUCCCCCUGCCUCUCUUAGUAAAUAAGUGCUUCCUAAUGUUUGUGCUCAUGUAUUUAGAUGAUCUUAACAUCAGCAUCUCAAUGGUCUGUGUAGGAAUUUCAUUAAUAUAGUUUUCUCUUCAAAUCCAAAG